UUCGGGUGCUGACAUGGCACACACGAACCUAUAACAGAUUUGGUCGGUUUAGUGACGAACCAAAAUUUUUUUAAAAAAAAAUCUUUUUGACAAAACUACGUAGUUUUGUUGCCUUGACUUAAUACAUACAAUUUGAGGAAAAUAAUUAUUAGGGUUAACGUGAUUUGCAGAAACAAAACGAAGAAGAAGAAGGAAGGAAAGAGAGGCGACAUGGGAGAUGAGCCAGAGAGGGAUGAAACAGAGAGGUAUGAGGCAGAUUCAGAGGCAGAGAGAUAUGAGGCCGAGAGGAAUGAGCAACAAUUUGAUGAAGAAGCAAGAGUAGAAAGGAAUGUGGCUGAUUUUGUUGAUGAAGAUUUUGAUGAGUAUGCUACACCUGUAUGUUCAGACGAUGAUGAAGAUGGUGUUGAGAAAGAAGGGUACUUGAGGUACAUAAAAGGCAGUGGUAAUCUGAAAUUAAGACAAGCUUUUGACAGUUUGGAGGCUUUCAAAAAAGCUAUGGUUGACUAUGUGCUAAAGCAUAGGUGGAAUAUUAAGUAUGUGCGUUGGGAGAAAGACAAAUCAGAAUUAAAAUGUGCUAGUGAAGCUGAAGAAGGAGAGGAACAAUGUAUGUGGAAGAUUUACUGCUCUUAUGAACAACCGUUGCAGAAGUGGCUAGUUAAAGUGUUAACGAAGGAGCACACUUGCAUGAGGAGUGGACGUUCAAGACUGCUUACACAAGAGGUUAUUGCUGGGUUGUUCGUUGAUGACAUAAGGGAAAAUCCUAAAUUAAUGCCGAAAGAGAUUCUAGAAGAUAUUCAGAAGCGUUGGGAGUUAACUGCAACCAUAGAUCAGUGCAGGAACGCAAAGAAAAGGGCAUUAGAAAUUAUCAAAGAGGAGCAAGACUUACAGUUCUCACGGCUUAGAGAUUACAGAGUUGAGUUAUUAGAGUCGAAUAAGGACUCAUCAGUGCAUCUAGAGACAGUCCAAGGUGACGAUGGUAGUGAUGUAUUUUACAGAUUCUAUGUCUGUUUUGCUGCAUUGAAGAAGACAUGGACCUCCCACUGUAGACCUAUCUUUGGUCUUGAUGGAUGCUUUCUUAAAUGCACAACAAAAGGUCAACUGUUAGCAGCAGUCGGGAGAGACGCCAACAACCAGAUGUUCCCCAUUGCUUGGGCUGUUGUCGAUGUUGAAAAUGAACCCAACUGGAGAUGGUUUAUUGAGAAGCUGCAAAUCGACUUAAACCUGCAAGAUGGUAAUGGAUUUACUGUGAUUUCUGACAGACAAAAGGGGUUGUUAAAUGCUGUAGAAGAUUUAUUACCACGGGUCGAGCAUAGGAUGUGUGCAAGACAGAGGAAAGUUUAGUAUUAAAGCAGUGGAGAGAGUGGAACUAGAGCAGACAAAGAUC